AUGGAUAAUCAACAAUCAACUAAAAUGCCAAAACCAUUCGAUGAUGAUUCUGAAUUAAAUACAUCAACUAUGGAAAGUAAUCCACAACGAUUCGAAUUACGAGAAGAUAAUGGAUUUAAACCAGAAGAAGAUUAUCGACAAGAAUUAAUGAAGGUUCAAGAUGAAAUCGUAACAUUACGUCAAGUGCUUGGAGCUAAAUUAAAACGUGAAAGUGAACUUAAAACAUUAUUAGGUGUUGGUUUUGUUGAUGAUCUUAAACAAGAUUGGCAAGAAACUGUUCAUGAUAUUAAAUCAUCAACAGCAUAUCAAAAAACAGCUGAAACAUUACAAGCUGCUUCGAAUAAAAUUGCUCCAGCUUUACAAACGGUUAAUACAACAGUUAAAUCACGUCUUGGUUCUAUUAGAAAUUCAAAUUAUUUCAAAACAUUUGAAAACACACUUGGUUCAACUGUUACUGCUGUUAAAUCAAAAAUGACACCAUCAAAAUCAGCAAUGCAUUUUAAUGGAAAUAAUCCAGAUGAUACGAGUCAUGGCGCUGCAGGUGUAUCUAUGUCUACUAGCGUAUCGCAUGAUGAUUAUCUUAAUUUUAGUGAUAAUUCAAAUGAAAAAAAAGAUUUAACAAAUAAAUAA